AUGGGCAAUUUUUAGGAUAAUACAAGUCUAGUCGACGGUGAUACAGUGACAGGUUGGACAUAUAACAAUAAAGUUUAAUGUCAAGGUUAACUUAUUGAAGCAAACAAGUUAGUAUAUAUGCUUAAUAGUGGAUAAAAACAGUCCUCAAAAACAUACACUAAUCUUCCAAAUCACUAUAGAUAUGAAGUUAGAAUCGAUUUUUUAGUAGUUGACAACCCUAGUGGCCCUGUUUCCUUUUUUGUUGAUUCAUAAAAUUUAGCAACUUAUUAAUUUAAUUCACAUGGAAAAGAUAUGUCUAUUUGCGGUGAUCCAUUAGUCAAAGAUAAAUUUGAAAGAGUAUAAUAUAAAAAACCCCACACUUCUUCUACUUUAACAAUGACUAUUUAACAUGAUCUCGGUUGGAACAGUAUGCUUGGGAUAACAGAUUUAUAAAUAUUCUUAGAUACUUGUCACCCUUUUUGCAAAUCUUGUAAUGGACCUGAUUCAAAUAAUUGUACAGGCUGUGGUCCUGGAUAAACAUUAUCUGCAGGAACUUGCACAUGCCCUAACCCAUAACUAAUGUAAAAUGGAAGUUGUGUAUCAAGCUGUGCUGCACCUUAAAUGGCUAGUGGAAGCAUAUGUAUAGAUGAUCCCUGUUAAAUAAAUUGUACUACUUGUAGUUCGAGUGGGCCAAGAUUAUGUACAAAAUGUUCAGGAAGCUAUAGAUUAUUUAAUGGAAAUUGCAUUGUUUAGUGUCCCUCAUAUACAAGCAAUAUAAAUGGGGUAUGCAUUGAUAUGAUUACAUAAUACUGGAAUGGAUACUACUUAUUCAAAGGAUUCUUUGAAGAUGAUUUUUCAUCAAUUUCAUUUGAAAAUUAUGGUUUUUAAGGCAAUUAUUUUGAUCCCUAUGGAGAUAUACCUAACUCUGAUAUGGCUACAUACUCUGAUUGCUAUGGAGUAAGACUAUACUCAGGUUUUGGUAUUUAUGGUUAAUUUGUUUAAAUAUCGAAUUAGUGGAAUAUCCCAUGGAAACAUAGUUCAGUUUUAGUUAAAAUGAAAUAUGUUUAAGUAGAGAAUUACGAAACAAAUUACGAUACUAAUUAAUUAGAGAGACUAAGUAUAAAUUUAAAUGGCUAAGAGUAAGCUUUUCUUCUCAGUGGUGGUACUGAUUUAGGUUGUGGUAGGUUAGAUUAAGGUGAAACUUUGGGAUGGCUAACGGCUAAUACAACUAAAACUGUUUAAGAUGGAUAGUUGACUAUUACAAUUACAAAUAAUUUUUAUAACCCUACUUGGUAUGAAGGAAUUGCGUUUAGAGAACUUGUGAUUAUAGUAUCAAAAUGUGUAGAUAAUUGCACUUAAUGUACUGAUUACGACGGUUGUGUUUAAUGCGAUCCUAAUUAUUACCUGUACAGAGCAUAGUGCUAUUUAAAUAAGUGCCCUGAUGGUUCCUAUUAAGAUAAAACAAAAUUACCUUUACUUGUUUGUACUGAUUGUGAUAAUACAUGUUUGACAUGCAGUGAUGCAGGACCUCAGAAAUGUGUUACUUGUUCAACUCCUCCACGUUUAUUUAAAUAAAAUCAAUGUGUAGUAAAUUGUGGGGACUAAUUUUAUCCAGGGACAACCACAUGUCUUCCAUGUGAUCAAACUUGUUUUGAUUGCUCUGGACCUAAUAGUAAUUAGUGCACUAGUUGUUCAACAGGUAGAUUUUAUUUGGUUUCUAUACAUCAAUGUCUUUUGAAUUGUCCUCCUGGAUUUUAUAAUGAUGCCUCUAAAAAUGUUUGUACUCCUUGUAAUCCUUAAUGCUACACUUGCUCAGGCCCAAGUGCUACUGAAUGUCUCACUUGUGAACCUCCUAAAAUGUUUUUAACUGGUCAUUCUUGUGGCCCAGGAUGUGCAGCAGGAUAUUUUGGAAAUACUGCAAAUUAAGUUUGCACACCUUGUUAAUCACCAUGUUAAACAUGUGUAAGUACUGCAACAAACUGUGUAACCUGUGUUACAAAUUACUAUCUUCAAAACGGUAAUUAAUGUUUGACUACCUGUAAUAACAGAUUCUUCCCUAACUCAAUAACAAAUACAUGUGAUCCAUGCAAUAUACUCUGUGUUAAUUGUAAUGGACCAAACUCAAAUUAAUGCACAUCAUGUGACGCAAAUACUGGAUUUUUGUAAAAUUCAACAUGUGUUAGCUAAUGUGCUAUUGGUACUUAUGGAGAUACAAAUACUUAUACUUGCAAGCAAUGUGAUACAUCUUGUUAUGCUUGCUAAGCUCCUGGUGAUAGUACAAGCUGCACAAAGUGCUUUGCACCUAAUUUUUUAAAUAAUCUUGGUUAGUGUAAGCCUACUUGCCCUAAUUAAUUUUAUGGUGAUAAAUCUAAUUUGGUAUGUAAGCCUUGCCAUCCAACUUGUCUAUAAUGUACUGAUGGUAACAGUACUUCUUGCACUAAAUGUGCUGUUGGAAGAUAUUUAAGUAGUGGGUAGUGCCUAUUAAAAUGUCCUGAUGGAACUUAUCCAGAUGAUGUAAAUUAAAUUUGUAAUAAUUGUUAUUACACUUGUGCCCAGUGCACUGAUAGUGUAUCAACAGCAUGUGUGACAUGCUAAAAUGGUAGGUUUUUUUAUGGUGGUUCUUGCUUUUUGAAGUGUCCAGAUGGAUUUUAUAAUGAAAUUACAAGUUUAAGCUGUAAAAAAUGUGAUGCAUCAUGUAAAACAUGUGCCGGUCCAGGAAACAACAUGUGUUUAUCUUGUGGAACUGGAAAAUAUUUAAACAACAAUUUAUGUGUACCAACAUGUCUUGAUGGAUACUAUAUGGAUAAUAACUCAAAUUAAUGCGAAGUUUGUUAAGCAACAUGUAAAACAUGUUAUGGACCUAUGCCAGAUAACUGUAAAACUUGUGCAGGAAAUAGAUUUUUAGACCCCAUAAAUUUAACAUGUGUAUCUUAUUGUCCUUCAUCUUUUUUUGCAGACUUAGCAAAUCAUAAAUGUAUUUAGUGUGACCAAACUUGCCUUAAUUGCAGUGGGACAUAACCUAAUUAGUGUACAGAAUGUCCUAAUGGCACAUAUUUAUUAGAUGGAUAGUGUAUAGCUGUAUGUAAGGCUGGUUAUUUCCCUGUAACUUAACCUAAUAUAUGCAGUCCUUGUCACAGAUCUUGUGGUACAUGUACAGGUGCACUAGAAAAUUAAUGUUUUUCAUGUAAUAGUGGUAGAUAUCAGCUUGGUUACGUUUGUCUUGAGCAAUGCCCUGAUAAUUAUUAUGGUGAUACUACUUCUAAUUUAUGUAAGUAGUGUGAUUCUAGCUGCUUUCUUUGUGAUGGGGGGACAAGUAGUAGCUGCACAAAAUGUGUUAUUGGUAUGUAUUUAUAUAAUGGUACUUGUGUUAAAAUUUGUCCUACGGGUUAUUUUGGAUCAGAUUUAAAAGGAAAAUGCAUGUAAUGCUAUUCAACUUGUGCUACAUGCGAUAAGACAAACCCUAACGUCUGUUUUUCUUGCAUCAAUAAUUACUAUUUAUAUCAAGGUAAAUGCCUUUCGUAGUGUCCUACAGGAACAUUUGAAAGCACAGCAGUUUCAUAGACAUAAGAUCCUUCAUCUUCUUAACAAGUUAUAAAUAUUUGUAAAAAUUGUUAUUAUGGAUGCAAACUUUGCAAUGGAGAAACUGAUAAGAGUUGUUUAGCUUGGGAUACAGUUGAAGUUUAUUAUUAAGAAUCUAAAAUAAUUUAUUGGAUUUUUGUAGGAUAAAGCAUUUAUUCAACAUUUGCUUUCUUUUUUGGGUUCUAUAGAGACUAUAAGUGUAAGUAAUUAGAAGAUAUAUUAGCAGAAGCAACUGAUGAUAAAGAAGAUGCUAAGCCAUUAAAUGAAACUCAAUCUCAUGAAAUGAAGAAUAAUAGUGAUAAUCAUACUAAUACAAUUUUUUCAAACAAUUCCCAUAUGCCUUUGAAAAACAACUUCUAAAGAUAGUAAACUAGAAGAAAAAGACCUAAUACUAUAGUUUUGUAAGAAUUAAUACCAUAAGAUAACAAUUCGCCUUAAAUUACUCUUCAAAGUACUCCCUAUAAAUAAGAUGAUAAUAAGCACACUCAAUCAGAUGAUAAAACUUCUAUCCAUACACUAUAAAUUUAAAAUUCUCCUCGUUCUAUGAAAGAUUCUAAAUUAUUAAAAAGUAAUACUUUAGGGACUAAUUAAUUUGUUAGCUUCUAUUAAAGUAACACUAAUAUAUCUUCUAUCAAAAAAUUGAAAAAAUAAUCUACCAUUGGAGGUACCAUUCAAACUGGAAUGGUGAUUCCUUAAACUAAUAAAGAAAAAAAGGGUUUUGAUUUUAGUGGCAAUAAAAAUCUAUUCUUUUUCUAUUUGAAUUUCUUUUAGAUAUUCAAUAUAUUAAUCAGAUAUGAUAAAUAUCUGAUAAGACCUUUAAGAGCAUUAAUUUACUAUGCUAAAACAAUGCUCAUCCUUUGGUUUACAUCAAGACUAUUACCAAAUGAAUUUUAUGUUACUUUUAGUUUAGUGACUCUGCUCUAGAUAGUUUCAUGUAUAUUAUUAAAUACAUCUAGAUUUGUUUCUAAAAAUUUACCAAGAGCAGCUGCAAUAGUUUUUACAUUAGUGGUGAUUUUAAUAUUGUAUAAGCUAUUUUGGUUUUUCCUUCCAGAAUUAUCAAUAAUUAACUACUCACAAGAUAGACAUUGGUCAUUCCUUUACUUAUUUGCUGUUUGCUUUGAUAUUGGGCUAUUUUAAUUGAUAUUUAAUGGAAUUUAGUAUUUUUAUACUAGAGAUAUUAUCUAAAGGCCUCCAGUUACUUGGUCUAAAUCUAAAAAAGCUGCUUCAAAAAUAUUUUAUAAUGAUUCUAUUGCUUCAUGGUUAAAGUAAUUUGUUUGA